AUGUGUUUAUAUUUUGGAUACCAAAGAUGUGAUUUCUGUGGAGGUUGGAUAAAAGACUGGAAACUUUGUGAGGACCCUUAUAUUCAGCAUGCUAAAUAUUUUCCAGAAUGUGACUACGUAAAGCUAUGUAUGUCAAAUGAUUUAACAAACAGGACACAGCAUUUGAAUGAACAAGGUAUGGAUAAAGGCUAUAGGCAAGAGAAUGAUGAACAAGUUUUUCACCGGACAAGCGAGAAGCGUGAGAGAACAAAGCGUUCACGACGACCAUCGGAGUCUCUAGACUUUGCGGACAAAAUAACGGCAAAGAAAACAAGAAUAAGGCCGACCGGGGUAUCCGCGGAGUUGCCAGCAUUCACAACGACCUCAGCGGUUAUGUCAGAGACCAACUUUUCAUUUACUGCAAUUGCUCCUUCACCUGUUACUCCUGCUUCAGCAGCUGUGCAUCAAGCGGCUUCACCAGUGGCUCAAUCUACAUCUCGUGCUACUAUCUGUAGUCCUAGGACUAUAUUAUCAGAGAUCAUUCAGGAGCAAGAUCGUGUUUUGGAGGAGAACCGGAAGCUACAAGACAGAAUGAACUGCAAGAUAUGUUUGGACAAAGACGCAUGCAUUGUGUUUAUUCCGUGUGGUCACAUGGUUUCAUGCAUCCAAUGUGCUCAUGGACAAAAAACAUGUGCAGUAUGUAGAGGUGAAAUAAAAGAUACGAUGCGGGUAUAUCCCGCCUAACACCUAUCAAUCUUAAAAUGACAAACAGUUUCUGCUUAUUGGGGAGUUUUCCGAUGAAAUAGAUUGUGAUGCUCAAACGAGAAACAUAAUAGCUUUCACUUCUCAUACUGGCAUAUGGAUACACUAAAGCUGGUGAUGGGUGUUAGGGACUGUAACUACUUGCUGCGAUAUUGCUCGAUUCUGGUUGGUUAUGAUUUAUUUACUUUGUUAUCUAUGGUAUAUUAGCAGGGAUUUCUCGUUUUUUAUAGAUAUUUCAUGAACGGGAAGGGCUAGAAACUUGUAGUCAGUCUCACUUUGUAACUCUAUACAUACUUGUACCAAUAGUGAUACAUAAUUCGUGUAAUUGUCUGGAGAUCUCACAACGGCUUCUGAAGUGAACCUAUUUUUCGUAGGCUCUAAUAUGGCGUGUAAUGAGUUGCAGUAUUAUAUUUUCUAAAAUUAUUGCCUAUCUUUAUAUACUUAUUUAAUGUCUUAAAAUAUUAAUUGUAAAAUUAAAACAUUUUUUAAUGUGUUCUUAUAUUUUUCUAUCUUUUGAAAUAUUUAUUGUAAUAAUAAAAAAAAAUCUGCAGUGCGACAAAAUAUGUAUUCCAUGCUUUCAUAUUAUCUAUUCAAUCCUACAAUAUAUCUAUUGUAAAAUGAAAAUAUUUGUUCAAUAGAACAAGAAUAUUUAUUGUAUAUCACAAAAUAUUUAUUAAAAAAUAUAUUUUUGUUCAAUCCUACAACAUUUUGUUCGGUGCAACAAUAAUGAUUUUGACUAAAAAAGGAAAUAUUUAUUCGACUAUAAAAAUAUUUGUACGAUAGAAUUCUGGGUAAAUUGCAUUUUGCGGCAAAUCUGUGGCUAACUGCAGCGCAUUCCAUUAAAAAGCCAGUCAAACCUGACCAUCAUAUUUCGUGUCCGAAGUAUAGGUAAAUAAGCAUGCAAGGUGUUGACUUAAAACUUAGCACGUUCGUAGGUGAAGAUCAAACGUCAAGGUCACGAAUGAUCUCAAAGAUAAAAUUUAUGUUUAAUUUCGUAUUCGAAAAAAAAAACCCUUAUUAACCAUUCAUUCAAGGUAUCGACAUCUAACUCGGGGUGUAGGUAUGUGGUGAUGAGACGAUGUACAGAGUGCUGAAACCAAGGUGGAAGGUAAAAGGUCAAGGUCACAUGAACACUGAAAACAUUGAAAUAAUAUUUUGUCAUAUUGCAAAUCUUUUUAGUUUUCGUUUAGAAAUUUCAAAAGAUAGAAAAAAUAUAUGAAACAUUGAAAAAAAAUAUUUCUGUUUUACCAUAAAUGUUUUAAGACAUUAAAUAGAUAUAUAAAGAUAGACAAUGAUUAUUAUAGAAGAUAUAAUAUUGCAACACAUUACAAGGAUAAGCCAUACACGAACCCCUGGUUUAAAGCAUUGUGUACAGGAUAUAUAUCAUUCGAAAGUGUUAAUAUUUUACUACAUAUUCUUCAUGACAGCUCAAUUUAGGAUGACAACAGGCAACGUGUCUGUUAUAUAUAUUUGUCUGUGAUUAUACAUUGAAUGCACUAAAUAAAAACAGAAUAAUAUAAAACAAUUUUAUGUUUAAUUGGAAUAUGCUAGUUUCAGAUAAAUCAGCAUUAUUUGAAAUGUUUUAGGGAACACCUUAAAAAUACUACAAAUGCAUGUAUUUCAAAUACAGAUUGUCAGCAAUGUGAUUUUAAACAAGACAAGCAAUUUCGAAAACAAAAUAUUUAUAGAAAUAAACUUGAUACCACC